AUGUUUCGCCUGAUCCUUGCGAUCGUGUCAGCCACCAUAGCCGUGAGCGCCAUUCCAGCCACGCUACCAAACCCUGCGGAAUUAGCCUUCAAAUUAGGCGAAGAAGAGUUUGAAGACUACCUUGAUAAGUGGCUUGAGAUUGAAGAAAAGAAAUGGGUUAAUGUAUCAUCGGCUGCUACAGCACGUAGUGCAUGCACUUUUCGAGUUAAUGGUGAUCUUGGACAGCCUCAGCCAGUCUAUAUCCAUAGAUCAAGAAAUACAUUCUUGGCACCCACUGGAAACAGUGGUCAAGUCCGCCUCAAUGCUAAUGAAGAAAUCAUCGUAUCCUGUCCAGGACCAGGCCGACUCAUUCGUCAUCCCAAUAUUAUUACAAAUGUUCAAACUGCUAAUGCGAGAUGCGUUAGCGGUAAUCUCGUAUCAGGUGCGGGAUGGUUAAAUGGAAAUAGAGCAUUCGGACAAUUGACGUGUUCAAAUCAUCCUUUCUUUGAAGCCCAGCAAACGAACCAAAGAUGUUUUAAUAACAACAUUGUCAUUAGGUCAGGAUUUAUUGUUAACAAUGUCUUUCACACUGUAUACUGGUCCUGCUUCGACCAAAACAGAAUGGAAGUUUUAUACGUUUGGUAUAACCAAAAUCCUACUAAUGCCGUUCACCAAACCGGUGUCGACAGACCAAGCUGGCUACCGGGUUCAUUCUUCCCUGGUGUUAACAUAAACAAUGUCUACACACAAAAUAACCAACGAAAUAUCAUCGGAAGAUUGGUAGGAACCAAUAUGGUGGGCCGAUACAUCACUUCCACUCAGUUCUUGGCUCGUGGUCACCUUACUGCCAAAAGUGACCAUGUAUUUGCAUCUGCACAGCGAUCCACCUUCUUCUUUAUUAACGCUGCGCCACAAUGGCAACCAUUCAAUGCUGGUAACUGGAAUAACCUUGAGCAGAACCUUCGCCGAAGAAUUGGCGUAGCUGGAUACAACACCGUCAUCUACACUGGUACCUUCGGUGUAACCCAAUUACGUGACGGCAAUGGACGUUUUGUAAAUAUUUUCUUAGAGUCCAAUAAUCGAGUGCCAGUUCCUCAAUAUUUCUACAAGGUCGCUUACGAUGCAUCUAGACGCCGUGGUACUGCCUUUAUUAGUAUUAACAACCCUUACUACACUUUGGCUGAGGCUCGAGGAUUACAAUUCUGCACGGACAGAUGUCGUAAUAACGCCGCUUUCAACUGGAUCAACUGGCAGCCUGACCGCGUAGACAUCGGCUACAGUUUCUGCUGCACGAUCGCAGACUUCAGAAAUCGUGUUGGUCAUAUUCCAAACUUCGACGCAUCUAAUGGCCUUCUUUCUUAA